GCUGAGUUCCGAUCACCUCGCAGAUCAAAGAAAUAGUUCGCUUUUUGUCGCUCGCUAAGUCGUUAUUAAACUCGCGACAAAAAUGCCAGUUUCCGAUUCUCUAGAGGCCCUUUCCAUGAGGCAAGAAGCCAAGAGGUUUGAGUCAGUAAGCCCAAAUAUUCAAUCUUUAUACGACCUUUUGGAGAGAAUCGAUAACGUCCCUCUAAAACGCAAGAUUCGAGAGCUCGUGAAUCGCAUAGAGGAAUCAUUCCUUAACAGUCCUGAGUUUACAACACCCAGAGUGGACAGUAGCUGUGAACUAAGACUGGGCAUUGUUGGCAGCUCUGUUUCAGGGAAGUCUGACUUAUUACACAGAUAUCUGACUGGUGAAUAUGCCAAGGUAGAUUCCUUUACGGGACGUCACAAAAAGGAAGUGUGUUACGAAGGACAGAGCCACCUUUUGUUGAUAAGAAAUGAGACUGGACCUCCAGAUGUGCAGUUUACUCAAUGGGUGGAAGCAGUCAUUUUUGUUUUCAGCUUGGAUGAUGAGUUGAGCUUCAGUGUUUUAUCAGGGUAUUAUGCCAAAAUGACUCAGUACAGAAAAUACAUCUCUGAUGUCCCUGUGGUUUUGGUUGCUCUAACUGAUGGUGUUACAAGCAUCGAACAACCAGGCAUUGUUGCCACGAAUCGAAUAAAGAAGCUUAUCUCCGACCUCAAGCACUGUGUUUACCUUGAGGCUUCAGCCCUAACAGGAGACAAUGUGGAUCGUGUUUUUAAUACAGCAAUUGAAAAGUUGAUUCAAGCCAGAGGAGAGACAAGUCCAGUUCUGACAUCAUUUGACCCAUUGCACUCCCCCACAACAAAGGACCCUCCUGAUCAAUAUACUUCAAAUGCCUUGUCAUACAGUCCUGUUAACAGCGGCACCAAUAGUGCCACGUCAACACCGUCUUCGUCUACAAAACGCUCAACAAGGCGGAGGACAAUGCUUUUCAGUUCAUCGAAAGAGAAGAAGGAAAAAGAUACUGUGAUAGACACAGAUGUGGGGAGUGGAAGAUCAAUCCCCAUAAGACAGGGUUAUCUUCUAAAAAGAAGCUCCAGCUCUAUCAAUAAAGAAUGGAAGAAGAAAUAUGUAACACUUUUAGAAGAUGGGGUGCUUGCAUAUUACCCAAAUCUCCAUGAUUAUAUGGAUGAUGUUCAUGUGAAGACAAUAAUAUUAAAACAUACGACAGUUAAAGUUCCUGGGAAAAGGCCACCAAAAGCAACGACUUCUUCUCAAGGUGAUUCAAGACCAACAACUCCAGUGGAGUCAGAUAAUAAUAACAGUGGUGCAGAAAACGCAGGACUGAACAGCGUUGACGGUGUACAAAAUGGAAUUGACUCGUACAGUGGUUACAACUCUCUCCCCUCACAACACGACAUUGACAACGCCAUUGCCAGUAUAGGCACCCAAGUCAUUACACCUGUAUCGGCAAAUGCUGGAGCGAACGCGACAAAAAUGGAAUCAUCGAGUGUCAUAAAGAAAAAGAAUAAGAGAAGUAAACACACAAAAUCUUGUGAAAUAGACUAUGAUGAGCUGGAGAAAGCUCUCGCUAUUGCUGCAGCCAAUGCAGCGGUUCCGGCAGGUUCAAGGGUGGAUCCAAUGCAAGUGGGAACAGGGAGUGCAAAAAAGAAGGAGAAGGGUCACAGGCGCGUCAAAAGCGGCAAUGGACCCAAAGUUGAUUUAGAUCCAGAAAUGACAGACUGGGAGUUCACUAUUGUGUCAUUAGAGGCAAAAUCGUGGCAGUUUGCAGCAGCUACGCAAGAGGAAAGAGAUGCUUGGGUGCAGUUAAUCGAACAACAGAUUUUGUCCUGUUUGCAGUCAAAUGAGAGCGGAAGAGAAAAGUCACGUGGUAAUAGCAGUUCUUCAACGAAUGGUCAGAACAUGCAAUCGAUAAGGAACAUGGAGGGGAACGAAGUUUGUGUAGACUGUGGUGCACCAAGUCCUGACUGGGCAUCGCUGAACCUCGGGGCCCUGAUGUGCAUAGAAUGUUCCGGAAUCCACAGGAACUUAGGAACACACGUGUCUAGAGUACGGUCGUUGGACUUGGAUGAUUGGCCGUCGGAGCUCACUGCUGUCAUCAGUGCGAUCGGUAACACACUUGCUAACAGCGUAUGGGAAGGAAGAAUACAAAAUAAAACAAAACCAACAUCUUCGUCAACAAGAGAAGAGAAAGAAAAAUGGGUCCGGGCUAAGUAUGAAACAAAAGAAUUUCUUUGUGAGCUUCCGCCGAGUGAUUUCUCUUUGGGCGAACAACUAUUGGAGGCUGUAAUGAGAGAGGACCUGCCUCAGUGCAUACUUCUGUUGGCUCACUGUUCUCCCGAGGAUCUCAACAUAGCUAAUGAAGACAGACAGGGCUGCAACGCUCUUCACAUCAGCUGCUCGUUAGGAAAUAUUGUUAUAACACAGCUUCUUAUAUGGUAUUUUGCUGAUGUGCGGAUUCUUGACGGUCAAGGUCGAUCAGCUCUGUGGCACGCAAAGAGUGCUGGGAGCAAAGAGUGUGCCGACAUAUUACGUCAUAAUGGUUGUAAUGACCUCGGUACCAUGAUUCCUCUGGGGAGUGAUGUGUUCUGCUGACGAUGUUAAAUUACGUGGACUUGUUGACUCGUGAAGGAAAAAAAAAAGUCAAACUAAGGAUUCAUAGUAACGGAAAGUUUUUACGUGGCACCAUCUCAUCAACGUGUGACGUGUGUUGUCUGGGUGUUGAUCUAGUGGUGACAGCGACGCGGUUAGCGUGCUUUGUGAUUCAGCGGCGUCGCACUUUGAAGCUACUUUGUUGGACAGAGCUGAAUAAUGAAAUGCCACGUCAGCGGGUAUGCGGUCAACAACGCGGGCUCAAGUGUCCUAGGUCUA